GUCAGCGGCCAGGGCUCACACACACACGCACACUUGCAGCACGCAUGUGGCGGUGACGCUGAGUCGGAAUCUGGAUUAUUUUGUGAUCUGAUCGCAGUGCAGUCUGUGUUUCUAUUUCCACUGCCAAAUAAAAGUGCAAUUUGUGGCCCGAACAAUUGCCAAGCUAAACAACAAUGCGUUUUGGCCAACGCUCGUAGUCGGCAUUUAGUGCGAGAAAGGAAAUAAAAGUCUCGAAAUGUUUUGAUUGUGCUCUUCGCAUCGCGUGUUUUUGUUGUUCGUGUGGGGGUGCGGCAAAAGGCGCUGAGGCAACAACAACAACAUUCGUGAAUUCACCGUUUCUGUGAUACUGAGUCUGUUUGCCAAAACAUGACUUACGAACUGCCGCCAAUCAUACUGAAAGGCAAAGAACUGAUCAAAUACCGCCACCUGAAGCUCAAAUAUCCCGUGUCCGACGAGUUUCUGCACCGCAACUGGUGGAAUGUCAAGCGGUUUAUAAUCUACGCCCUGAAUCCUCGCUGCGUCAUCCGGAAUUAUGCCUGGCGCCGGCGACGCAGCCAUCGUGUCCGCAUCGUGCGACGAGUCCGCAUCCUGCUCUUCGAUCCGCGGCUCAAGCGGAUGAUCAAGCGUCGCCUGCAGAACGUGCGUCAGUGGUCGAGAAACAUAGUGGGUCACUACAGGAAGAUGGGCAGGAUCGAGGAGUACGAGGAGACGGAGGUGUACAGCGUGGCCGAGCCCCUGGCUGCCGAGGAGGUGUCCAAGCAGAUGAAGCAGCAACUGGAGCUGCUCAAGACGGGCAAGAGGAGCCUGUCCCUCAUAGAGGACACCACUCCCGGUGGGGAGGUGCCAGCCAAGAAGCCUAAAAAUCACCCAGAGACUCUGGAAGAGACCGCUAAUGAAGAUCAACUGGAUUCGGAGAUCACUCCCUCCAAGGAGGCAGCCGAAAGAACGCCCACAAAGUCGCCGGCGCAAGCAGACGCCUCAGAGGAUGCCCCCACACCAGCCACUCCCAGCAAGGAGCAGAGCGGCCAGUCGAGCGCCUUCUCCAGUGCCGAGAAGACGGACAAGUCGGAGAAGGCCGGCGGCAGCAAGUUUCUGGACAUGCUCAUCAGCAAGGUGCGCGUAAAGAACUUUGCGCGCGAGGACAACAUGCCAACGGAAGCCAGCGUGGCUCCAUUCUGCGCCUCCGAGGACGAGGGCAGCGAGGACUUUGUGGGCUUCGACGAGAGUGUCCACCAGCCGGGCAUGCUGCUCACGCCACUGGUCCCGGUCAACUGCAAGACCACCGAAGGCAACUCCGCCUUUGUCAGCGAAUCGCUGGAUGCCUACAUGCGCGAGCACCACAUCAAUGACUCGGAUUCGCGGCAGGACGACAAGGAUAAGCUGCUCGAGCCGAUGGGACACGAUGGUCAGGUCACCUCGCACAGCAUGCCGCCGCCGAUGGACAUGCCAGCCGUGCCGGAGGCACUGCAGCGACUGCGAACGGUGGCGGAGAGGCGUCAGUAUCUGCAGCGCUGCAAGAACCACAAGAUGGGUAUCAUCAACAACGAGGCGAAUGUGUACAGGGAGUUGCAGCGCAAGCAGCGCCAGCGGAAGGUGAAGAUCAGCGCCAUGCAGACGCUCCAGGCCCCCGACUCCCAGAUGCCCUUCACCCGACAGGGCUGGCAGGCAGCCAGUUAUGUGGCCACCGAGAACUCCAACUACUACUAUCAGGUAAUCCAGGUGGACGGGGAGAUGGUGCGUCUGCCGGGCGCCCAGGGCAACAACUUGAAGCGCGAGAAAAGCCCCUACUUGAGCAGGCUAACGCAAAAGGAGGAGAACGAACUGCGUUGCAGCAGCCAGUGCUUGGAUGCCCGCAUCUGCCGGGAGCUAAAGGUGAUUCCCACACGAGUGUGCCCGCCGAGGAACCCCAAGAUCCUCAACCAAUAUCCCCUGCCCGCCAUCUUCCGCCCCUGCCCGCUGUCCAUGAAGCCGUUCCAGAGGCCUCUGGACGAUGAUACAGCCGCUUUGCUCCUCGCCGGCGGCAGCAUGGCCGUUGUCAGCAUGCCGAAUGUGCAGCUGGAUGUGAUGCCUCAACUGGGGAGACCUCUGGACGAGAUUGCCAAGCGGUAUCUGCAGCACAUUCUGCCGCAUCACGACAUUACACGCGAAUGGGCCGAGUUCAGUGUGUCCACGCUGCAGGCGCCGCCCGCUUGCAUGAAGGAUGCCGAGGAGCAGGCUGCCCAAACGCCCGCGGGUCGCCGCAAGAGCUUCACCUUCGUGGUUCCCUACCUCAACGAUCGCAAUCACAUACUCGUGCGGCGCGUAGUCGAUCGAUCCGAGCUCCUGGACGCGAGCUUCAACGAGGAGCCCGAGAAGCUGCAGGAGUUCGUCUUCCGGGAGAAGCUGCCUGCGCAGCCGGAUGAAGAGACUCUGGCCUGCGCAGACAUGAUCAAUGACAUGAUCAACACUGUGGCCAUCAGUUGCAGCGAGAAUAGUUUCAUAAGCGAGGAUCCCGAUGCGAUUGGUAAUGGUUCUUCGUCGGCCAAGUCUGAGGAAGUAAGUCCCGCGAAGGAGGAGUCUGGCAGGGAUGCGGAUAAAACUGGAGGCAAGGCAAAGCGACUGCCGAACAAGCAGAAGCGCCUGGCCAAUGAACUCAGGCGUUUGAAUGCCACCAUCAUUGAUGCGGCAGCCAGAAAUGCAGAUGCUAAUAAGCCCUGCGCCAAGGAUCACUGCCAGUUGGGCUGCCUGUGUGCCAGCUUAUCAGGUACAGAAUUGCCAGUAAGGGAUCACUGCGGAAGGGCAGAGUGUGUUCUGGAUUGCCGUUGCCUGGGUGCCGAGCAGGGUCGUGUGAUGCGCGUGGAGGCAGCAGAUGGCCGCGGAAUUUCCAACGAGGACGCCUUCAACUUGCGCCGCAAGGCCACCGCGCGGCUGGCCAAAAUGGAGAAGGACUUCACCUCCACCUUGGUGCUCACCGACAACGAAACGCUGCUGAUCAACGAGUCGCAGGGCGACAAGAAGCGACGCUGCACAAAGGCCCCCAAGCGAUACGAGGACUUCGACGACACCAUGUUCGACGAGGAGGAGGAAAAAGAGGUGGUUUCGCCCACGUCGAAGAAGCAAAAGAAGAUUGCCGCUGCUGCUGCGGCUGCCGCGGCGGCUGCUGCUGCGGCCGCUGCUGCUGCUGCCGCUGCCGCUGCUCCUGCUCUCAGCGAACCCUGCUCGGUGAAGGACACGGAUCUGGCCCAGCUGAAGCAUUGCUUUGUGGGCCUGCGCCGCUUGUCGGACAUUGAGAACUUGGCCACCUUCUGCAUGACCCACCAGCUGUACAAGUGCUUCUGUGGCGGUGACUCCCCGGAUGGCAAACCAGUGGUCAUCGAGAAGGAGCAGUGGAAUGCCCCAGUGACCCACUUCAAUCCGGAACUUGCUACCCGAGCGCACUACAGUUUCGAGCGACCGCCGGAGGAGAUCACAACGAAGAAGAGGGGAAGGGAGAAGAAAGCUAAGCUUAAGGUGGAGGAAAAACCAAUCGAAGAAGAUCAAAAGCCAAAGAUUAAGGAGCCGGAGGAGACUAUUCCAGCCAAGACUGAAUCUAAGGAAGAGCCGAAAGCAGCCGAUUCCCUAUUCGAUGAUGAGUCUCCGCUCCAGAGGUCCAUUGAGUUGGAUACGAUCUUCAGCUACUUUCGUUCUCGCCCUCACAUCUGCCGACGUGCCAUUUCCGUGCCGAAGAACUCCUACCAGCGGCUGAACAAGCGGAGGGCGGAACGCGUGCGUAACCAUGCGGUCCGUCAGGAGACUCCGGAAACGGAGGAGCUGCUCAAGAGUCGCAUUCAGGGUGCCAUUAUCUAUUAUCGCAAGGAACUCGAUCGGCAGCGCAAGCGAGAGCUGACCAAAAGGGCGGCGAAGGCCCCGGUCAUCGAGUUGCGCGAUGAUUCCACCGAUGGAAGCGAGGCCAGCAGCCGUCAGAAGAGGAGUGCUACUCCCACAAAGGAGGCAGGUCCAGGCAAGCGCUUGAAACUAGAGCAAGAGCCUGCGCCUUCGCCGCCAGAGGAAAGCCACAAGUUGGACAUUCAAGUGCCCCGCAUCGCCGCCUGCUAUUCCCUCAAUGCCGCUUCCGUGGAUGCUCUAGCCUCUGGAAUGGCUGCAGCUGCUUCCUCCACUGGAACAGAUAACAAUUCGACCGAGACUGACUCCCCCAACUUCCGCUCGUUCUACAACGAGGUGGUCAAGAACAUGAACACUCUGGUUAGCAAGAAGAUGCAGGACAUUGAUCUGGCGCUGCAGCGCGAGAGCAAGAUAAUUCCGGCCCCCAACGAGGAGAUUCUGUGCAUCAUCAAGUGGACCAACUUUCUGGCUGCCUUCGAAUCCGGCUUCGUGUUCAUUUGGGACGUCCAGAUGAAGUCGCACAGCUUCCUGGCGGCCACCACAUCCAACCAAAUGCCCUCGGUGUGUGGGGCAAUUGGAGUGGUGAACACCAAGUUUGCGCCCGAUCCCCAGGCCCUCCCUUUAAUGGCUCGAAUGCUGAUGAAUUCCACGCGCAAUGAAAACACUAAUCGCCUGGCGGUGGUUAUGCAGGGCAGGCAGAGCUUUUGGCUUGUCAAAGGAUUCCUGCGACACAUGGAGGGCAAUGCCUGCACAAAGCCCACGCCGCAGACGCAUCCGUUGCUCACGAAGAAGAUCAAUGUGCUGUGCUCGCUGCUGGUGAAGCAGCGCAUUCGGGAGCAUCAGAAGAAGCUGCAGAGUGCUGGAGGCUCCACACCCUCCGAAGUGCCAAACAGCCAGGUGGUAGCGGAUGUUCCGCCGCCAAACUCGCUGCUAAAACAGCGUCAGAAGAAACCGCAGAGCCAAGAAGCCCCAUCCUCCAGUACGCCAUCCUCCGCAAAGGUGGUUAAACCUGCUCCUGUUGCCCCUGCAACUCCUUCACCCGCUGUUCCCCUUGCUCCUGCCAAACUAGCAUCACCUGGUGUUAAGGGCAAAAGCGGUGCAGCUGGAAUCCGCAGCAACAUCGAGUUCAGAAAGGUCAACCACAACGAUGUGGAUGAGCUGCAAAUACCCGAGCAGCUCAAGACCGACCACCGCUGGGUGGUGCUCGACAUUUUCGAUGACUUUUCGCACAUCUUUGUGCCCGCCUUCGGCGACAUGAUCUCGCUGACCAGGAUUUACAGCGUGAUGAAGGUGGCCGAGGAGACGCAGAAGGUGGUGAAGCUUCAGUUCUUUCCCGCCGCUCCGUACGAUGCCUUUGUUACGCCCUCGUCAAAGAAGAAGAUCUACUUUGGCCCUCUGAAUCUGGACAUGCCGCCACCAGUGCUCGUGCUGCUGCAGAGCGUCGACAGGAAGAUGAUGCUGCGCGAGGUUUACCAGCGGGAGCACUCCAUUCCCGUCCAUCGCCAUCGGCGCAGCAUGGCCUUCUGGGUGCUGCACGUCAACGGGCAGGUGCAUUUUGAGAUCGACAUGGAGUCCACGGCGAAGCUGGCAGCGCAACAGAAUAAUUCUACGGAACAAACUGCUCUUAAUGUGGUGAAAAUCCCCUCGCAGUUGUCUGUGGAGCUGGAGAGGAAUGAGGAGACAGUUCCGCCGGUGGUGAUCAUUGAUAGUGAUGAGGAGGAUGAUCAACAACUAGUGAUCGACGAGCAGGAGGAGCAUCAGCCGGUGAGAGAAAUCAAGCAGGAACCGCAGCGCACGAGCUUCACCAUCCAGACAAUGCCCGCCAGCGGUGCUCUGCAGAUAACUGCCGCGGAUUCGGUAGCUCCACCACCGCGGCCGCCCAAAGAUGUUACCACUUGCAGCCUAACUGGUGGCUUCAUGCCGUUCAUUGCGAAUGUGCCGGCCAAGAAUGGCGAGCUGGCGCCCACCACGCAAUACUUGACGCCCCAGGUGCAGGUGACCACGUCGUUGAGUGUUCCAGAGACCGUCUCCUCCGCCCCCGCCUCCAGUUCUUCUGUUCCCACAGGCAAGACAAUGCACAACAGGAUCAACGAGUCGCUGCAGGAGCUGCUGAGCAGUGGGAAUACUGUGACCCCGGGCGGCAUAACAAUCACCAAGCUGGACAGCAAGGACAAGAAGCUGCCGAGCGAGUCCUUCCACAUGGUUAACAAGCGACUACCGGUGAAAAUCGGAGCCGGGAUAGCUAAGCAAGCAGCUAAAGCUCUACCGGCACCGGGAAAACUUCCUCUGGCCCGAGCCGUCAUCAGUCCAGUGGCGUUGCCCCUUAACAAAGGCAUUCCAGCCGUGCGACCCGCAGUUCCUGGACAAAGCAGUGUGGUGCGGUUGUAUCCCAAAGCAACUCCCAAUGCUACCGGCAGGCAAUCCAUGCCGGGAAAUGCUAAACCGACGGUAACCGCAACGCCACGUCAAUCCCUGCCAGCCAAGUCUACGAUUGCCAGUGAUAAGCCAUCGCCAGUGGGCAUCUCCAAGUUGCCUGUGCAGGCUGAGCCCUCAGCCCGCAUGUCGCUGCCCCUGAAACCGCUGACUGCGCCGGUGGAACACCUGCCCUCACGACAAUCUCUGCCCGCCAAGGUGGUGGCCAAGCCUCCUUUAACAGUUGCACCUGCUGCACAAAAACCCAACAACGUAGCUUCAGCUGAUCAGCAGGGAUGCAGCUUAAAACCCUGCUACGGAAUCCUGGGCGCCAAAGGUUUGCCGCGCUUCCGCGUCAAAAUUCACGGCUCCGACUUUUACGUCAAGGUACCCGAUCAGGGAGUUUUCCGCUUCAAAACUGUCGGUGCAGCCGCCAGUUUUCUCAGUCGCCACGUGGCAAAGAAUCCUGCGUUCAAGCAGUUUUUGCCGGCACAGUGGAAGUUUCAGGCCUUGGAGCAGACCAACAACCAGGUGCCAUCUAAGCCUCAACAGUCACCGGCAGCCAUCGUAAUCGAGGAUUAAGG